GAUUUUUAGUGGCGCACUGGAUGACCUUCGGUCUGUCGGCUUUUGUUAUGGUUUUUGGGGAUUAGACCAACAGGAGCGUAAAAAAUGAAUACAAAAUAGUUAUCAUAGCACAGAAUAAAACGUUAUGCCGGGAGAUAUUGGACGUAUACCCAUAAUAUCUCUUAGCGGAUGCAAGUAUUUGACCAACAUAAUCAAUGACCUCCCUCUUCCUAAAUCCACUAAUGUCCCCAUAAAAUGUCAUACUCUACUAAAUGACCAGAAAUUCGCUCAAGAGGCCUACAGAUGUAUCAAUUGUCAGAACGAGGCCCUUGUUGGAGCACUGAUUAAAGCUAUAAGCAGUGUUAACAACGAUGUACAAUUCAAGGAUAAAUCUCUUGAGCACACUAUAGACUGUCCUACUUCUCCUUUGCUCCUUCGAGCCCUUUUGGAAAAGAAGCCAGAUAUUUUAUCUGGUAAGGCUUCACAAAACAUCUCGCGUCAACUUGAAGGUCUCUCCACAAAUGAACUAUUGGUCUCUAAAGGGUCGGCAAUUAAUAGGUUUAAAACAGCUGAUAAGCAGAAGAGUAAGAAGCCUAAGGGUGGCAGCAUCACUUAUAAUGCUGUGAGUGUAGCUCCACUAAAAAUCUCGAUCAAGAAGACCUGUACUUCAGAAGUUAAGAAAACCUCAAGUAGUGAGGAAACACUAGAUGAUAAUUCUACGAUUCACAAUAUUCAGACGGGAAAUUAUCUGGAUAAAACUGGAACAUGUCUUGUAAGAAUAGCUACCCACACUCUCGAUUCUCUAAAUCGUUCAGCAAGCCAAACACUUGGUUCUACUACUGAAUCCCAGAACAACCCAUCCUAUUUAAAUAAAUCAAAGAAAUCAGAAGAUUACACUGAAAUAACUGACGACCCAUCGAAGCCAAUCAAUUCUACGGGUUUGGUCUCUUUAAACUCCACGAUAAAUCUCGUAAAAGACCAGACUAAUUACACACUAUCAGAUUCAUCGGCGAAUAUUUUGAUUGAUGAUGCAUCAAGAGUGGAAGUCCCGUCGACAUUUCAUACUACUCACUCUCCGUGCGAAGCUGAUCAGUUGUGUACAGAACAAUCCCCAUCUCCUAAAAUUAGUGAUCUCACCUUUGGAUCGUCGGGUUAUGAUACGAACUCAGCUCAAACUCGGCGAAUCCCCGAUCCAGCAUUGUCCCAAAUCUUUCAUUCUGUGGCUCUCUUUCACACUUACCAACCUACAUGCGAGCCCGACAAAGGAGUGGAUAACGAAGGUGGUGGCCUUUUUGACGACUGGGUUGAUGCACCGAAGCUUUCGGAAUCACCAGUUAUGUCUGUUCCUACAGUACCAAAUAAAUCUAUCCCCCCUGGAUGUACUUCUCAGACCCCUUGCAUUUCAUCUACAUCAGCAGCCAUCAAGGAAAAGUUAUGUGUCUGUGCUGAUAAUGAAACAACGGGGAGUUUUCCUCGUAGUCCUUUGUCUACGCUUGCGAUUAGCUCAUGCCCAACCACUUCAGGUAAAAACAUCCCUGUUUCGUUUCACAAUGCUACCUCUGCAGUGAGUAUAUCCGCUUCAGCAGUGGCAGCAUCUCUCUCAAUAUCCAAGGUUAAUAUACCAUCACCUACGAGAUUGUUUGACUCAUUUGAUGAAACUCUAACUACCAACCUGUCUACUUGUAGUGCCUUGGAAGAACAGGUGAAUUGUACCCCUCAUGGACUGGCGGCGUAUCUACCCCGUUGUAAUAAUCAGCGAAUUAAUUCCGCACAUCCAUCUGCAUUUUCAAAUGAAGAUGUUCCUGCAACUUUUGCAAACUCAGUGUCUCCGAGACCAGCUUUGUCCCCGGCUAUUGAUUGCAUUGACCUAAAUUCUGUCAGUCCGUUAGAAAUGACUGUUCGAACUUCCGGUUCGUUGAAAACCAUCGGCUUCUCCGGUAACGGCCCAACAACUUACUCAAAGCCAAAACAAAAUGGUCGUGGUCGUUUUUCAUCUGGAAAGCACAGAGGUGGAGGUCGCCGUAGACGAACUGAACUUGAAGAACUUAAGAGGUGGAGUGUCUUAGAUCACGCAAAUCCUGGUUUCGAACAAAAAAAUGAGGAUCUUUGCGAAGUCCGCUAUUCACCUCAAAACUCGGUUACCGGUCGGGAUCCUGGGACUACGUUUGCUAUAUCAGAAGCUUCGGUUCAGACUGCUGUUUCAAAAAAGGAUAUUUCAAACUUAAAUUUCUCGGAUGUAUGCCACCAGUAUGGUGGUUUUACAGAGGCUCUUGUAGAACGUGUCAAGCGGCGUCGACAACAGCGUGAAAUGGAAUCUAAGAGCUUUAAAGCAUCACCAAAUAAAGAGACACUCAGGAGUUCCUGUGAAGUUUCCCCUCUCUCUACCCCAUCUCCAGGACAGAGUCAUCUCAAAGUCACUUCACCUCUUAGAAUGCAUAAGUCAGCCAGUUUACUAAAACGUGAAAAUAAAAAAGGUACUCAACGUACAACAUUCAAAACAGAACGUGAGAGCCAAGGAAAAGGAGGUAGCAUUAGUGCAGCUGUAAAUGACUAUACCAAACUAAUCCAAUCAACUGACAGUGAUUGUUCGCUGUCUCCUACUAGCACAGUUUUAUCAUCUGUUCAGUCUAAUUCACCAUCCAUGAGUAGUGUCCCACCUAUUAACAGUUUGCAGCCUAGCCCUCCUGUUUUAUCAUAUCAGAAAAUCGACUCAACUAGUAACUGCCAUACACACGACACGACUGUGUACGACAGAACAGCGAGAUCGUUUGUUCCGUGUAACGUCAAGAGUCCCAACAUGGCAUCUAAUUCCAACGAUGAUGUUGCUUUAGUCUCUACUUUUUCCACUCAGGCAAAUGAUCAGGACUCUGAUUUCUCAGAUGCAAAGAAAGCUCAUGCUACAUCACAAUGGAAAGAUACAAAGUCAUCGACGUGUAAUUACCGAGAUCCAGUCACUGUGCAGUCUUUCAGAUCUCGUUCAAUUCAUGGAUCUUGUGCUCGGUCAAAUAAUUCAUCUCUACAUUUGCCACCCCUCUUACCCUUGAGUCGCUACUCUCCUAGUUUACUUCAUAAACCAUUGUCUGUUGAUGUGUUAGAAAGUGCUAAAUGUCAGGACCACGUUGAAUGUAGUAUGAAAGAUAUGCCUUCACCACAACCGUGUUCUACACAUCAUACGUAUUUGAAUACAAAAGCAACUAAGAAGCCUGUCGUGUCACUUACUGAUCUGUCUUUCGGUCAUCUCACUGUUGAUGUUUCCUCAAACUCAAACAUUUGUUCGUCUGAGCCGAGUCAUAGUGUUUUAGAUAAGAUUUCUAACACAAAACCUGAAACAAUGAAUUCUCAUUUAUGUAAACAAUUCGAUAUUUGUCCAACCCAAGUAAUGGAUGGUCAAAAUGUACCAUCAAAUCAAAGUGAACACAGUGAAUCCAGCAAUAGUAGCAUAGCAAGUUCGUCUCCAAGAUUGUUUUCAGGAAUAGAUACUGCAUGUGGUUCUGAUCACAGGUGUCGUACACCAAGUACAAUAGCCUAUACCCACAGCUCUGCCAUGGAAGAUAAUGAUGACGAUUCCCCUGACGUCAACUGCCGUCGACGUGAUACAAAUCUAGAUGUUGGUUCUGAUUCUGACUCUUCAGAAAUCAAAUCUUGUUCUACUUCUACAGAUCUUGAUGCACCGAAAGCAAACGAAUUCGGUUCCUUCUCACCGUCUUCGUUAUCUUCUAUCACUGAUGAUGUAGCUACUAUUUUUUCUGAUGAGCAUGAAUUUGAACACUCUCGUCAGUCAGAUUACUCUACAUCAACUGUUCUCCAUCAAUUUACAAACCGUCUAAGCAAAAUUUUACGACGUGUUGAAGAACUUGAUUUGCUUCAGUUAGCAGCCGUUGUUCAGAGCAAACUUGGUACUGUCUGCAAAAGGAGUUCCUCUGAUCAAGAGGAUAGUGAUGAGUCCUGUGCGCGCAAUAAUGUUUCAUCCACUUUUCCCGAUUCAGCUCGUCUUACUAAACAAGAAAUCAUGUCGUUAUGCUCCGAUUCAGCUAAAAUCCGAUUUGCUGGGUCUAUGUCAACGAUACCAACAGGUCGUUUGGUUCGAUUUCUAACUUUACUGUUGGUAAAUAUGCAAGAAGCUGCUUCCGUUUCUCCAAAUAUUUCAAAUAUUGUUGAAACACAUCGAAUUUCUAAGAAACGCUAUAAGUAUAAUGGGGAACAACUUGAAAUCAGUGAUAAUUCUUCUACUCGGAAUGGCUAUUUUACAGAAACAGUCUUAUGGUCUGAUCCCGAAUGGUCCUCCUCUCUCAUUGGUUUAGAUUGCGCCCGUACAGCUUUAAAUAUUAUUGUUGGACCAGAUAUGCCACGGCCUUUACUCAUGGAGGAUUUGAUCGAAGGUAUUGUAUCUGUAGUAAAACAGCAACUAGAUUGUCUCAUUCAUAAUAUUAUGAGAGUUACUUCUCAUACACCUCAUUAUCAAAGCUCAGCUGUGUCACCAAGUUUUUCAAUACUGGGUCAUGUUGGUUAUCGAAUAACACAAAUUAUGAUUCUACUAGUCAAUCUUAUGCGAUUACAACCCAAUCGUUUUACAGAUAAUUUAGUAAUUAAUCUUACUUCACUCGGGAUGGCGAUUCCUUCUUAUUCUUUGACAUCAGGAACCAGCAUAACGAAUGAAUGGAAACGAUUUUUGCUCUCUCCACAGAAACUACUCAACUUCAUAAGUCAUACUGAAAAUCCUUCGGAAUUCAUGGGUUCUUCAGCAAAAACGCUUGGUACUUUGUUUAUGGUCAGUUGGCCAGAGCACCUGCAACGCUCAAGUCUUGCACUUUUAGGCACUCUUUAUGGACAGUAUGAAGCUCACAGGAAGAUGAUUGUUGAUGAAAUAUUUCGUACGUUUUUAUCAGGUCUUGAUGUCAAGCGAAAAUCUGCACCCAGUGUCAGUACAGAAACUGAAAAAAUAAUAUACCCAUCCGAUAGGCGGACUGCUAAAACCUUCCGCUUGUUGUCAUCUUCAUAUUUUUAUGAAGAAUAUUAUGGCUCUAAAGCAAAAUCCAAUGUAUCCCGUUCAAUCCAAAGUGAAUCUCCCCAAUAUUUGUACAUCCAUGCACUAAGUGCCCUCUUUCUUUGUAUCACUCAAGGUUUAAUUCACACACCGAAUUUAUCUUUUCCUGCAAACAACUGCUCUAACCCGUCCGUUCGCAAAUUUCCUUCAUCUGCUGUGUCUACUCCAACACAAAGUUCAUUUGUUUCCGAAGCCGUUACAAUAGAUAACGCACAAUUCAAUAAAGAUGAAAAACAUGUAUUGAGCAGUUAUAGUACAGCUGUUAGACAUGCACAUUACCUGCUAUCUGGUUUAUUCAAAAGGGUUAGUUUGAAAGCUGAAUACGAUAUACGAUCUGUAUUGGAAACAGUUACAAAUGAUUUAUUAAGCGUUACUUUCCAUGCACCUAUAGAAUGGCCAGCCUCAGCUAUUCUUCUCAAUGUACUCAGUAGUCUUUUAAUCCAACAACUUAAUCAAACAAAUCAAAACGCCAAUAUUUCGACAAAUCCUACCACUUCACGUUCUCGUAAUACUGAAUUAUGUGGUAAACUUCUAGCUGUUGAUACCCUUGCGUCAUUGAUUGUUGGUCUAAAACGUGGAGCUAAAGUAUAUAGCCUAGAUUUACCAUCCUCAUUAUUCAUUCAAAAUAAAAAUCAUUCUGACUUGGAGGACGGUAAAGAUAAUUGCAUGAAAACGAAUAAAUGUCAAACACGUUUAAUUGGUUUAUUAUCAUCUCCAAUCCCAAUAAUUCACCACUGGUAUUUUUCGUUCUAUGAUAUCCUUCAAAUGAGUAAUAAAAACGAUGACUCUAAUUUUUCAGAAGUUUGUGAACGGUUAAAUUUGGAUAAAAAUAUGAUUUUUUUGCCAGAUCUUUGUUCGAAAUACUACGAUUUUCUUCUUCUGACUGCUCACAGAUUUCAUCUUGCUGCAUGGCUUCAUAAUUGUAACAGAAACGUCCCGGUCACAAAUUUAGACAUCCCUACCGGGAGUGCGAAAGAUUAUUCCUCCAAUUCUACGAAAAACAAAGCUUGUGUGGAAAAACUUCGGCAUCAAUUACUAGCUGAACUUUCUCUCACACAUUUAAACUCGCCAGUAUCUGGACUUGGUUUUCCGUUUGCUAAGCAAAACAUAUCAUCACUCUCUGCAGCUUGUAUGGGAUGCCCUAAUUCUUCGCAGCAUUUGUCUUCACGAAGUCGUGCAAACUGUAUAUGUUGUUCGGGCAUGGGGUGGGGAGGUUCAUUUCUAGCUCAGUCCAUGUCAUCCCAACGUUUUAUCGCAUAUACUCACAUGCCAAAAUUAUGCAGUAACAUGCGAUUUCGUCUAGUUGCCCAUGCUCAUAUUUCUGCGGUUUAUCUCCUUGGCGCCCAUGCGGUUUUGCCGAAUUUCGACGUGCUUUACGGUUUCAUUUGUAAAUUAGCCGGGGAGUCGUCAGUACCUAUGCGGUCGAAAGCGUUGCGUUGUCUUGCUUUAGUUAUUGAUGCUGAUCCGAAGUUGAUGUCUAUAAAUAAAGAUACUAAAAAUAAAAGCACGAUUUCAUCGAGUCCGAUUUUCGAUAUCUCCAACAUUGUUCGCGCACGCUUAUUGGACAACUCCACAGCCGUUCGCGAAGCAGCUGUCGACUUGAUCAGUCGAUAUUUGACAUUGCGUCCACAAUCCUUAGCUGAAUACUACUCUGUUAUUGUGGAACGUGUCUUGGACAAGGGUGUCAGUGUAAGAAAACGAGUUAUUCGGUGCUUUCGAGAUCUACUACUUAAUGAUUGGAAUAAAUUUUUAGAUUCUUCAAAUUCUGGUUCUGAUGGACACAAUUCCUCUUUGAUUGGAAAUCAGAUGUGUACAGAUAUUUGUCUGAAACUUAUUCGCCGACUUCACGAUGAAAACAGCAUUCAAAAAUUGAUUACUGAAGCCUUCCAAGAACUAUGGCUGACUCCAAUAUCGAAAUCACAUUCUCGUUUCUCAAAGGUUCUUGAUAGGCGUAUCAUAAGUUUAGCAUCAGUGACUGUUACUCUUAGACCGAAUAACUUUGACCUGUUGAACACGUUCAUUGUUCAAGAUCUAUCUUCAGGGGAACCACAUCCUGCAGGGUCUCAGUUUGAUGCUGCGUGCAAGCAGAUUAUUGGCCGUCUGAUUGUUUUAAUAAAACGACGUAUUGGUCCUUUACUGGUCCCAAGUUCUAAACAACUGAUAAAGCAAAGUCACCCAAUGGAAUCUCGGAAAUCGUCACAGUCGCUUUCUUUUCUGUCGAAUAUGCAUGGUCUUAUGGCUUGUUUACAUCUGGUCAGUUAUAGUAAACCUAAUCUUGUUCGCCCCUACGUUGGUUUUUUAAUGGAUCUUGUGCAUAAAAUAUGUUUAUCUGUUCCUGGAACACUGACUAGCACUGGACAAGCGGAAAAUCAAAUGAAACCAACAAAUACACAGUUCCUUUAUCACCUGAUCAAUGUUGUGGAAAUUGUACUCAUAGAAAUAGCAAGCAACUUAAGUGAGUCAGAUAGUCCUCCUAUGGAAGAAGCUAUGUUUGCCGGCGUUCCCAAGUCAAAUUCUGCGGAAUGUUUACCAUCUGUUAAACAGAGUCUUGAUAGCUCUUUUAAUCAGACAAUUGGGAAAUCUGGUAAGCAGCUUGGAAAACAUAAAAUUGUAAAACGACAGUCUUCAAAAUCAUCUUUAUCAGAUCCUUCCAUUGAGGCCGUAGGCGACACUGGAAUGAAAAAUAAAGAAAAACAUUCGGUUGACUUACAAUCUCAAUGUUUAAUUUCAAAGUCCAUCAAAAAGCAUAGACGGCUAUCAGAACAUUCCAGCUAUUCCACCAGCUCUGAUUCAGUCGAGUUAAAUAAUCUUAGAAAGUCACAGAAAAUUGGUAGUUCACGUGGUCACCAAUCUCUAUUGCAGUCAAGUCCAGAUUCGCCGAAUAAACCUAGUUUUCAAAAUCAAACUCACCAUGCGCAUUUCGAAUCGUUAGAUUCUGAUGCCAACUCAGAAACUAACUCUGUGGAUAGCUGUGUUAGAAAGAAUAAUAAGAUAGCUAUGAUUUCAAAAGUAAAACAACCUAGUGUUUCGAAUUAUGCUAAUCAAACAAAAAAACAAUCAACUUCUCAAUCUUAUAUGCAAAAAAAUACUAAAACGAAAAAAUCCAACUUUCAAAAUUUGGGAGUUAUUGGUCAUGCUAAAUCUCUUUCUCAUCACUGUCGUUCGACAAAUUCAAAGCAGUCCACAGGUCCAACUCGCACUCUUGCUCCACUACCGUCUGCUAUGAUGAAUAGUACAAAUACAUCUCGUCCGGGGAAGCAUUCCAUUACGAAUAGGAAAACUAAGCACGAUUCUAAACGUUCGGAAUUCGCCAGUAAAUAUGAAAUGAAACAUGUAUCACAUCACUUUGCUUCAGGUGGUAAUCAUCACACUUCGCGAGUGAAGAAUUCGAAAUCUAAGUCAUUACCUUCCAAAACCAGUCAUUCAAAUGAAAGUCAAACUCACAAGCCACAUUCGGAAGAACAACGAACAAGUAAAAAACACUUGUCUGAAUGCCAGAGUUUCAAAAUGCGUCAAAUUGAUUUAGCAACCAAGGAGAGUUCCAUUAGAAACGGCCAAAAGCUGGAAAUCCUAUCCAAUUGUGAUAAAAGUGAAGAACAACUAUCCGAUUCUAGUGAAUCCUCCUUGUCAUCCACUUCUACAUCAUUGUCUUCAUCGUCAACAUCAUCAUCAGAAGAUAGUAUGUCCUCUUUUUCCUCGUCGUCAUCCUCGACUCUUCAGUCCAGAUUAAAGCAAAAAAAGAAAACAAAACUCACUUGAUGCUUUCCUUGUUUGUUUUUUAUGAAACAUUAAAGAAACAAUUCGGAGGUUCAAAUCUCUCAACACUUAAAGUAACAUUUUAGGGCUGUUUUAUUAUUGUUGUUCUUUGCCAACCAAACCUUACGUUUUUAUUGCGAUUUUUUUAAUGCUUGUUUCUGUUCAUUAUUAUUCUCUAGCAAAUAGUAUUUUUACACAGAAGAAAGGUUAACAAACGCACCCUACAUUCAAAAGCAUUCCUUUUAAAGCGCCUUUGCUUUACUAUUACCUAUGAACAAAUCGGAUUAUCUCCAUAAUGUUGAUAUUGAUUUAAAUAGGUGUAGUUACGCAAAAAUAUCUGAUUUUUGUGUAUCAUCCAUAGUUUUUUAUACUAUUGUUGUAUAGUGCUGUCAAUAUUCAGCUUUAUUUAUCAACACAUACUUUGUUUUCAUCUCCUUAAAUGUUUUUAAAGAUUCUGUAUUGUGUGUAAUAUAUUGAGUUAUGCUUGUAUGUGUACUUGCUGCCUUUUGUUCAGCCAUGUUACAAUCUUGGAAAUAAGAGGCCAUACUUAUAACCUUUAUAUGAACAUGAAUCUAUCGACCUACUACGUCGUCCAACAAGUUGCUUCUGAGCUCAUGUAUGUCUUUUUUCUACAGAUUCGGAUACUUUCUGAGCAUACCUAUCCCUUUCAAAAUUCCCAUUUUUAAAAUACAAUACUUCGAUUAUUUCCCUUGCAUUCGUUCUAAUAUAUUCGUUAAUAUUCCACUUACAAACUAAUUUCUUUCAAUUCCGCAACAGUUACUGUCCCAAUAUUAUUUUUACAUUUCUUGUUUCUUUGGUUGGUUGAUUAUACCAAUAACAGUCAAGAUAACGAUUUUGUAAUUUUUUGAUUCACUUCCUUCAUUUCAUUGUUUGAUUUUUUCUUGGUUUGUUUGUUGCUUUCCAGUUGGUCAUACUUUAUUUGCGUUGACCAUGUUAUCUGUUGUUGUUUGUUUAACGUAUUCGAAUGUUCCCAAAUAUUAGUCACCAGUAGUAGCUGAAGGAUAUAUAUAUAUGCUAAAAUAUUGUUAACUUCAAAUUACCACCGUCAAUAUUAAUUCUUGCUAUGAUUAUCUCAGUUUAAUUUGUACAGGUUGAAUCGCACUCUCGAUUUACACAUCUCAAUAAUCAAAACGUCAGAAAAUAAAGCAAUCAAGUCCAUAUAAAUUAUUAAUUUUAUGAAGUAUUUAAUUCCGAUCAUUGUUUAUCUUUACAUAUCCCAUUUUGCUCUAUCAAAUGUGUAUUCAUUUCAAACAAUUUAUGUCCUAAAACUUCGGUUAACGAUAGUUGAGAAUCAACCAGUAUUGUACGCAAAAAACAUUUGGUGCACUAAGAAACGCUUCAGAAAGAUGAUUACAUUGUGAAACAUUAAAAAAAACAUAUUAACAAGUAAAUUUUUUUUAGA